AUGGUGAAUGCUGCGCAUGUUCCGUCAUCCAAUUCCACGUUAAGCGCUCAGAAGAAACGACAGAAUGAGAGGAAUCUGAAAAUAUUACGCGAGCUCACCGCCCUUCCCGCUAAUCGUUAUUGUUUCGAGUGCGGUCAGCGCGGCCCGACUUAUGUGAAUAUCACGCAUGGAUCAUUUUGCUGUACCAGCUGUUCUGGAAUUUUAAGAGGAUUAAAUCCACCACAUCGUGUUAAAUCAAUCUGCAUGGCAUCCUUCACGGCUGAAGAGAUUGAACGACUCCGCAGCCUUGGAAAUGAAGAGAAUUCGCACACUUGGUUAGGACUAUACUCCGGUGCACCACCAAAAAUGACAAACAAGGAUGAGAUUACAUCAUUUCUUGUCAAAAAGUAUGAGAAAAAGGAGUGGUACGUGUCGCGGUCGGAACUUGAGGAACAAGAGCGCCUCUUGAAAUCAAGCCAAAGAAGUUUCUAUUCAAUGCGGAACUAG